AAUAGUGUGGCCGGCAUUCAGUGCCGCGCCGCCGUCCGCAUGCCCACGACGCGCAGACUUCUCUCCACGCGGUGGUUCCGUACACGCCGCUCGCCAAAACCUGAAGAACUAGAUGACUUUCGACCCAGAACCCUGCCUCGGAGCGACAUGGAGCGUCGUCCUCGUGUCGCUCGUGUCCUCAGCUCUCCUGCCAGGACGCAACAUCAGACGAACCCGCCGAUUGAUGAAGAAUCCCUUGAAAGAGCCUUCCCCUCCAUGGGUCACCUGGAGUACGUCCUCGCCGGUUCAUCGCCUCCGGCUGAAAGUGCUCCAAAUAUGUAUGACAGUUUUGAGGAACCACCUCUGGAUCUAACUGCGCAUAUCUGCUCUGACUCACUACGUCAGAGCGCACAUGAGCAAAUGAGAGCCGUCGGAGGAAGAUUACGCUUGUUGGAUGAAUUGGAAUCCGGUGUUAUUACAGCAGAAACUGCAGGGAAUACUUUUUCGACAGCGUCCGAAGCAGAAAAAAAUGUUUGUCUUUUCUGGGCUGCUUUCCUGAAGCUGGCUAAUUUGUUACCACCAUUGGUCGACGCCGGCGCCGACCCAUUAUAUUUCGACGCCCUCGGAUUGUCGCCAUUGCACGUAGCAGCUUUCAGUGGAUCAACAGAGUGUGCAAAUUACCUAUUAUCGUGCGGCGCCGAUCCUAAUUACAUGCCGCGAUGCUUCGUGCCACUUCACUGUGCCGCAUUUGGAAAUUCAGUGCAGGUAGCUAAUUUAUUAAUCAGCCGAGGUGCAUCGGUACACGCAGCGGUUAAAUAUGUUAAUUGCGAAGGUGGUUUGCUCCAUUGUGCAGUCAGGGCUAACUCAGUGGAGUGUCUCAAGUUGUUUAUAUCUCACGGUGUCGAUGUGAAUUUAAUAGAACCAGGUGGCACCAACUCUAUUCAUCUUGCUGCAGAUUUGGGAAUGAUACAAUGUUUAACUAUUUUAUUAGACACCCCAGGCGCAGACCCUAAUGUCAGAACAAGAGUAGGAGACAGAGAGUCAACAGCAUUACAUUUAGCUGCAGAUGGAGGUUUUGUGGAUUGUGUUGAUCUAUUAUUAAUUAAAGGUGCUGACGCCAGUUUGAAAAAUCAUAGAGGUUUUACUGCUCUGCAUCUAGCUGCUCGAUCGGCUAGUCUUGAAUGCGUCGAGGCAUUAUUGAGAAAGGGUAAUGCGGAACCCAACGCGUUAGAUUUUGAUAUGAGAACACCUCUACACGCUGCCAUUGGCAAGUCAGACAGCGCCUGUGAUAUUAUAGAAACAUUAAUAAGCUGGGGCGCAAACGUAAAUCAAAAGGAUGAAUACGGGUUUACACCUUUACACCUUGCUGCUCUUGACGGCCUAUCUGCCUGUGUUGAAACAUUAAUAUACCACGGUGCUGAUGUAACUACGAGGUCUAAAAAAGGAAACUCAGCUCUUAAUGUAAUCGCCCGAAAGACGCCUGCCUCGUUAGCUAUGAUAACAAGGAAACUUGAUUGCGCUAUCACAUUGCAUCACUCCCAGUCUAGCAAUAGGGAAGUGGAACUUGAACUUGACUUUCGUAGUAUACUACAACAUUGCUAUCCGCGGGAAAUAAGUUAUCUUAACACAUUUGUGGACGAAGGUCAAAAGGAAGUUCUUUUACAUCCACUUUGUUCAGCAUUUUUAUACAUUAAAUGGGAAAAAAUACGUAAAUAUUACGUAGCAAGAUUAUUUCUGAGUUUCAUAUUUGUUCUAUGUCUAACGCUAUACGUUUUAACGGCUCUUGCACACAAUUGUUAUAACGGUAGCAAAGAUAUGGAAGAGACCAUCCAAGAGCAAGAGUUGUGUCAAAAACAAUCAAUUCUAGGAGACCUGUUACGAAAAAAUCCGUUCGUUAUAGAAAUGCAAUGGUGGGUUUUAGCUGGAAUAACAAUAUUUGAAAUAUUUAGAAAAGUCUACGGUAUAGCUGGCUAUUCUACUGUAAAACAAUACCUAAUGCAAUCGGAGAAUAUAAUAGAGUGGUUCGUCAUUGUGAGUGUAUUUCUGAUAUCUUACAUUUACACAAACAUCACGUAUACUUGGCAAAAUCACGUAGGAGCGUUCGCUGUUCUAGCAGGUUGGACUAAUCUAAUGAUGAUGAUAGGUCAGCUGCCUGUCUUUGGCACGUAUGUAGCAAUGUAUCAAAAGGUUCAAAAAGAAUUUGCGAAGUUACUCAUGGCUUACUCGUGUAUCUUAAUUGGAUUCACUAUCAGCUUCUGCGUCAUAUUUCCUGACUCGUCAUCCUUUGCCAAUCCGUUCAUGGGUUUCAUAACGGUGCUGACAAUGAUGAUUGGAGAGCUAAACUUAGAUUUAUUAUUGAACGAACCAGAUGGUAACGAUCCCCCCGUACUAUUAGAGUUCUCGGCACAGAUAACAUACGUGUUAUUUCUUAUGUUUGUGACAGUCGUACUCAUGAAUCUCUUAGUCGGCAUUGCUGUACAUGAUAUUCAGGGUUUAAGGAAAACAGCAGGCUUAUCAAAAUUAGUGAGGCAAACCAAACUAAUAUCUUAUAUGGAAUUGGCAUUGUUUAAUGGAUAUUUACCAAAAUGUCUUUUAAAAAUCUUACACUCAUCUGCUCUUGUGUCACCUCAAGCAUACAGAGUCGUCUUGAGUGUAAAACCUUUGAAUCCGAGUGAAAAAAGAUUACCAAGAGAUAUAAUGAUGGCUGCGUAUGAUAUCGCAAAAAUGAGAAAACAAUAUGGACAUACAAUUUCAUCUAACGGAUCCACAACAGGCGCAUAUUCUUGUUUUAAAAAAUAUGUAAAUAAUAAUGAUUCAAGUUACAGAGAAUAUGGAUACUCAUCUGGAUUAGGCAGUUUGCAGGCCAGAUUAGAUGAAACAUCGGAAAGCGUGCGACAAUUGACAGUAGAAGUAAGAGAAUUAAAGAAAUUAAUAAAUGCACAGCAGCUCGUGAUCCAGCAAGCUCUGGCCGGUGCGAUGGACAGUCGUUGAUGAUAUAAUGGCCGACCGACCAUUUAGUUUCAAUGCCAACGGUACACAAGUCAAUAAACUAUAGCGAGCGUGCUUUGUCGUACAUUUAUAUUCGUUUAGAUCCUGUUGUACAUGUGGACGGUUACGAACUUAAAAAUUCUGCGUGGUGAUAUUUUGGUUUUAUGUUGUAAAAUAUAAAUUUUCUAGAUGCUUAGUUUAUAAUUGUUGUAAGUUUUAGGUAAAAUAUAACUGUAACUAUUGUUUAGUAACGCAGGACGUACUGAACAUUGUGAUUAUAGGUAUACAACACUUUGUAACUGAUUUUAUGACACAGAUUAUUAAAUAAAAUAAACCAUUAAAGAAAUAAAA